UGGCGCAUGCGCGGGGGUCAACCUCGCACUUUGUCCCGGAGGACGCGGCGGACUCGGAUCGUUCGCCCCUCUCGGGCCCCAACGCCGCGAGCGGCGCGCCUGCGCUCUCCUGCCCCUCUCCCCCUCCCUGCCCGGCUCGCCUAUUGCCGAGGAGGCGGCCCCCUCCUCCUCCUCUGCGGCUCCGCCCCUUUCGCGCCCCCUCCCCCGCGCCGGGAGAUGUGAUGAGGAGCCUCCAGCGGCUGCUGACCACGCUGCCCGCCUUCCCCUCCUGGAUGUGGCCGGUGGACCCAGGGCCCUACAGCUGACACAGUGACAAAAGCUGCCGAGCUUGGCAGUGGGGUAGGCGCGUGACCCACAGAAAGGAAGCAUGGCGAGAACGACCACAGCGUAUGUGAACUGCAACGAGGAGGAUGAAAUGGAAAUCCGGGGCUACAGCCCCUGCUGCUGGAAGCUGGCGCUGGUCUCGCUGGGCACCGUCUGCAGUGGCGGUUUCCUCCUCCUUUUCCUGUACUGGCUGCCGGAGCUGAGCGUCAAGUGGACCUGCCGGGCUGUGCCGCUCCGGGAUGCCCAACUGGUGCUGCUGAGAACCACGGACGAGUUCCAGACCUGGUCCAGGGAACGGGUCUCCUCUCUCUCUGCCCCCGGCACCGACCCCUUGGGCUUCCCGCAGCCGCCGGAGAGCAAGCGGCCCCUGUGCCCAGCAGGGCUGACGGACGACCCGGGCUGUGAGGAGCGGCUUCUCUCCCCACUGACCUGUGGGGAGCAGGCCCAGGUCCGCUUCUUCACGCACCGCAACGUGCGCUACCUCUGGGCGACGGAGGCCCAGGCCUUCCGGCGACUCACCGCUCUGGACCGGGGGCAGCCCUGCUCCUCCCUGCACUCUGGCCACGGCGGGGGCCUCCCUCGCAGCACCCAGGACUACCGGAAAAGGUUCUACGGCGCCAACAAGAUCGACGUUCAAGUGCCGUCCCUGGCCCACCUCCUCAUCAAAGAGGUCCUCAACCCUUUCUACAUUUUCCAAGCCUUCAGCGUCCUCCUGUGGUCCCUGGACGACUAUUACCUCUACGCGUCCACCAUCCUCUUCAUGUCCUUCGUCUCCAUCGGCUCCUCCCUCUACACCAUCCGCAAGCAAUAUGUGCUGCUCCACGGGAUGGUUUCGGCCCACAACGUCGUCCGGGUCACCGUCGUCCGAGGUCCCUGUGAAACGGAAGGCACAUUCUCCACGGAGCUGGUGCCGGGGGACGUCCUUCUGGUGCCUCCCGAGGGACUCACCAUGCCGUGCGACGCCGUGCUGCUGAGUGGGACGGCCAUUGUCAACGAGAGCAUGUUGACAGGGGAGAGCGUCCCUGUCACCAAGACGGCCUUGCCCGUCCCAGCCCAGGAAGGCGGGCCCCUCCGGGAUCCGGUUUACGACCCAGACGAACACAAGCGGCACACGCUCUUUUGCGGCACCUCUGUCCUCCAAACACGGUACUACUCCGGAGAGCCGGUACGGGCCCUGGUGAUCCGGACAGGCUUCUCCACCUCCAAGGGGCAGCUCGUUUGCUCCAUCCUGUUCCCGAAGCCCACCGAUUUCCGCCUCUUCCGGGACGCUUUCCGCUUCCUCCUCUGCCUGGUGGGCGUGGCUGGCAUCGGCAUGCUGUACUCCGUGAUCCGCAGCAUCCAGCAGGCCGAGCCCGUUGGCCGCAUCGUGCUGGAAUCCCUGGACAUCCUCACCAUCACGGUGCCCCCCGCCUUGCCGGCAGCCAUGACAGCCGGGGUGGUCUACGCCCAACGGCGCCUGCGCCGGAAGCAGAUCUUCUCGCUCAGCCCCCAGCGCAUCAACCUCUGUGGGCAGCUCAACCUGAUGUGCUUCGACAAGACCGGCACCUUGACCGAAGACGGCCUGGACUUCUGGGGGUUCGUGCAAGCGCAGGAGGGACGCUUCCUCCCAAUGGGGAGAGAUGUCUGUGACCCCCGCCUGGCCAGCUCCCCGUUUGUCGCUGCCAUGGCCGCCUGCCACUCGCUCACCACCCUGGAGGGCCGCCUCUCGGGAGACCCCCUCGACCUCAGGAUGUUCGCGGCCACCGGCUGGAUCCUGGAGGAGCCCACCCAGGAGGAAACGGCCCUCCACGACCGAAUCCAGCCCACCGUUGUCCACCCGCCAGGCUGCCGGCUCCCAGCACCCUCCGAGGCACCGACUGGGGACAAGGAGCUUCUGGACCUGAUGAGAGGCAGCCAGAUUGGCAUCUUGGCGCAGUACCCUUUCUCCUCUGGCCUGCGGCGCAUGAGUGUCGUGACGCGUACACUGGGCGAGAAGCACCUGGUGGCCUACAUGAAAGGCGCGCCAGAGACGGUGGGCAGUCUCUGCCGCAAGGAGACCGUUCCAGACGACUUCUCCUCUGUGCUGGAGUCCUACACGCGAGGAGGACUGCGUGUCAUCGCUCUGGCCAGCCGCCGACUGGAAAGCAAAUACAUGUGGCACAAAAUCCACCAUGUUUCCCGGGACGCCGUGGAGGUCAACAUGGACUUUCUGGGGUUUGUCCUGCUGCAGAACAAGUUGAAGCCGGAAACGGUGCCGAUCCUGGCCGAGCUACGGCGGGCCUGCAUCCGCUCCGUCAUGGUGACCGGAGACAAUCUGUUGACCGCCAUUUCCGUGGGCCGGGAGUGUGGCAUGAUCCCGUCCAAGGGGAAGGUGGUCCUGACGGAGGCUCUGCCCCCCAGGGACGGGCAGCCAGCAACCAUCCACUGGCAGUAUGCUGAUGAAUUCCCCAUGGCGGACCCGGCAGUGAGCCCGGGAGAAGAGCAGCAGGGGCCUCCAGAGGUUAAGCUGCUGGUGGACGACGCAGAUCCCCCCCCUGCUGCCCAGCCAGCCGUCCCGGACACCAGCUACCAUUUUGCCAUGGGGGGGAAGUCCUUCGCGGUCCUCUUGGAUCACUUCCCAGACCUGCUGCCGAAGUUGUUGCUUUGUGGCACCAUCUACGCCCGCAUGGCCCCCGAUCAGAAGACGCAGCUAGUGGAAGCCCUGCAGAAAAUGGACUACUGCGUGGGCAUGUGUGGAGAUGGCGCCAACGACUGCGGGGCUCUGAAGCGGGCACAGGCGGGCAUCUCCCUGUCGGAGCUGGAAGCCUCGGUGGCCUCCCCCUUCACCUCCAAGACCCCCAGCAUCGCCUGCGUGCCGGACCUCAUCCGGGAGGGCCGUGCUGCCCUGGUCACCUCCUUCUGCGUCUUCAAAUUCAUGUCGCUCUACAGCAUCAUCCAGUAUCUCAGCGUCCUGCUCCUCUACUCGGUUCUGGGCAACCUGGGAGACGUCCAGUAUCUCUUCAUUGAUAUGGCGAUCAUCUUGUCUCUGGCCUUCAGCAUGAGCCUGAACAGCGCCUGGAGGGAGCUGGUCCCGCAACGGCCGCCCAGCAGCCUGGUCUCCCCGCAGCUGCUUCUCUCCGUCCUCAGCCAGAUCCUCCUGUCGCUCACCUUCCAGGUGGGGGCUUUCCUCCUCGUCCAGCAGCAGCCAUGGUACCAAGAGGAGAGCUGCGGCGGCCUCCCCACCAACGGCUCAGCGCCCCCAAAUGCCACUGCCCCCCGGGAGAUGGAGGGGCAGGACCCCGACUCCAUACGCAGCUACGAAAACACGACCCUCUUCUUCAUCUCCUGCUUCCAGUACGUCUUCGUGGCCCUCGCCUUCUCCAAGGGACGCCCCUUCCGGCAGCCCACCCAGACCAACGCUUCCCUCCCCGCAGGCCUCUUCCUGGCCUCCCUCCUGCUGGUCUCCAGCUUCCUCCUGCUGCUGCUGCUCUGGCCGCUGCCCGCCCUGGACCGGCUCUUCCAGCUGGCCUGCAUCCCCUACGAGUGGCGCCUGCUUCUGCUGCUUCUGGCCUUCAGCAACCUGGUGCUGUCCCUCUGCCUGGAGAACUUCGUGUGCGACUGCGACAUCCUUUGGCAGCAACUUUGCUACGGAAGGCGGAGGGAGGACUAUCCCAGGCAGGCUGCCUUCCCACAGCUGGAGCUGGGGGAAGCGGCUCCUGUGUCUUCCUGCUGCCGGCAGGCCGUCCCCCGGGCCGAGUAUCAGCGCCUGGCCCAGGAGCUCCUCUUCGACCCGGACUGGCCUCCACAGCCCAAGACCAGCACGCGGGCGAGGGUGCCUCCCGCAGAGAGCCACGCCUGACCCAGCCCUUCCGGUUGGCACACAGUGGAGCCCCCCCCCCCAAAGCAGGAUGCCUCCCCAGCCGGGAGAAGGGGUGCUGGGGUCUCCAACGUGAACCAGGAGCCACCAGGACAGCAGCAACGCCCGUCUCCCUUCCCAGAACCCCCCAAAGUGGGUUUUCCACCUGGGUGUGAGUUUCCUUGAGGGAGAGGAGACGGGGGUCCGUCUCCAGAACAACAGCCUCGCUUGGGGGCCGGGAGGACCUUGAAGGCCCUUUGGCUGAAUCUCUCUGAUCUGAGACUGGAAGGAUUGUGGAACUUGCGGGGGGGGGGGGAGAAGCUCCCUGGUCCCCACUGCCUCUUCCCAGGAUUCCCUUUCCCUCCCCUGGAAGCCCUUCCUGCCCCCCCCGACCCUCCUCCCCCUUUCAGGACUGGGUGCAUCCAGCACCACCCAGAGCAAUUCCCAGUUGCCUUGAAAUUAAAAGGCGGAACCGGC